CCCUUGAUGACUUAUCUCGAUGAUCAGAUAAAGAAUCUCGGAUUGGACGACGCAGAUGAACGGGAAUUGGUAAUCGUGUACUCCACGGAGACGGGGAAUGCACAGGACAUAGCUGAGCGGCUGCACAGAGAAGCCGAACGCUGGCGCUGGAUGGUGCAUGUCUACGAUGUAGAGGAUUUUGAUGUGAACACUCUCCUUAACUCCCCCAUCGUCAUUUUCGUCGUUUCCACAACCGGGAACGGAGAACACAACAAGUCAUUCCGUCCUCUCUGGCGUCUACUACUAAAUAGCACGCUUCCGGCUGACCUUUUAGAAGAUCUCACUUUCGCUGUAUUCGGUCUGGGAGAUUCUGGCUAUGCGAGGUUCAAUUGGGCUGCGAAAUCACUCAGCAGACGCUUGCAGAGUUUGGGCGCACAGAUGCUUGUCCCGCGCGGAGAUGGCGAUGAAAGACAUUACAUGGGCUUCGAUGGGGUGUUCCUCCCAUGGUCGAAAGGUCUCUUUGAGGCCUUGCAAGUUGUUUGUCCACUCAGAGAUGGUUUAGAACGUCUUCCAGAUGACUACUUGCCUGCACCGCGAGUGGGAUUACGUUUCUUGCCAGGUGAAGAAGCACAAGUGAAGGAUGACAAGCCGACAGCUGUUGAAGGUAGCCAUCAAUGCACACUCAGGCGCAGCGACAGGAUAACAAGCGAAGAGUGGUGGCAAGAUGUUCGCCACAUUAUUCUUGACAAACCUCCUUCGCUCACAUACGACGCUGGGGAUGUUGCAGUUCUCACGCCAUCCAACAAUCCAGAUGCAGUCGACGAGCUCAUUCGUUUGCUUAGAUGGGAAACCCACGCUGAUACACCUCUGAAGCUAACUGGUACUGUCCCACACCGGCUACAAGAAUACAUCAAUCGUCCAACGACAAUCCGGUCAUUACUCACAUACUCUUUAUCGCCAUUCAGUGUACCCCGUACGACAUUUUUUGAAUUCCUCGCCCAUUUCACUAGCAAUAAUCUCGAAAAGGACCGCCUGAGGGAAUUUCUCAGUGUCGAGGGUGCUGACGAUUUGUUCGAAUAUUGCACACGCGUGCGAAGGACAGCUGCUGAAGUACUGGCUGAUUUCAAGAGUGUACGCGUACCUGUGGAAUACAUUCUCGAUGUAUUUAGCGUUAUGCGCCCUCGUAAAUUCAGUAUUGCUGGUUUACAUCCCACUAAAAUUGAGCUUUGCGUCGCACUAGUGAAGUACAAGACGAAAUUGGUCAAACCCCGUCAAGGCGUUUGUAGCACAUGGAUAGAGAGCCUCGCUGAAGGUGCUACCAUCGACAUAUCUGUCGAGGAGGGCACAAUUCAUGCGCCGAAGGACCCCAACAAGCCACUUCUGCUCGUCGGUCCAGGUACUGGCGUAGCACCUAUGCGUGCACUAGUACAGAAAAGAAAAGCUAUGGGCGCAUCCCACACAGCACUCUACUUUGGAUGCAGAAUGUCAGCCAUGGAUGAGCUCUACGCUGAGGAAUUCAACAAGAGCGACGAACUGGUCUAUAAAAUUGCACACAGUCGUGACGACAAAGAGGGAAAUAAAGAAUAUGUACAGCAUAUCCUUCAGAAAGAUGGUAAGAGGGUGUAUAAUUGGCUCAUCGAACGUGCCGGAUACCUUUUUAUAAGUGGUAGUUCAGGCCAGAUGCCGAAAGCUGUUAAGAAGGCCAUUGGAUCAAUCAUAGAGCGUUUAGAGAAUAUACCAAAUGAGACAGCAAUGCAUACAGUUGAGCAACUCGAAAAACAGGGCAGAAUCGUAGAAGAAUGCUGGUAACUUUAUAGAAAAUGUAUAAAAUAAUUAUAAUGCAAUGCAUAAUGUAC